CAGGAAAAUGUCAGUCAUGUUACUUUGUAAGCAUUUUGCUGGCGACAAAAACUCUUUACUGCACAUGCUGAGACCAGAGACAUUUCUAUUCUACCGUAUGCCGACUUCAAAGUUAAUGAUUGUGAAUUCGAAAUACCGAACUGCGAUGCAAGUGCGAAUUAAAGCCAUACGACAUCCACUUUAAACGUGGAAACAGAGACCAUCGGGACCGUUUCCGUGACAUUUUUUAGAGUUACAUUAGGUAAACUGUAUUUGCUAUUCAUGUAUGCCUGAAUUUGUUUCCUGUAUACGUUAUUCUUUGGUAGAAACCCCUAACCUUUUUCUAUCAACACUAACAUCAUAAGUCAUGGGUGUUGUACUGUCUGCUACACGACGCGCGUUAAAUCGUUUUAACGUUGAAAAUCGAGCAAUGAAAGAAAUUUCUAAGGAGAAACCUACGCCAGCUCCCAGGCACCCAUCGAUGAGCCUCGCUAUUGAAAAAAUGGCAAAAGAAAACACAGAUGUACUAAACCAUGAAUUGACGAAAAAUACUGCUCUCGAUAGUCGUUUGAAGCAAGUGUUUGUUACUUCCAAGGAUACGCAGCCUGAAGUUUCAGAAUCUACUCGCCCGUUACCUCAGUCACGCAAAGCAGUAGAGUCUCCUGAAUUUGGAUUUGAAGAACCAGCAAUGAUUCCACGAGGGCGAUUUAGUUUACGUCAAGCCCUUCAGUUUAUUACACUCCAUCAGGAAAACCCUAAGGAAAAGACUCCAGCUUUAUUAGCUAAAGAAUACAACUUAGAUCCUGUUAUCAUGGAGAAAAUUCUUACCUACUACAAAACAUUUGAAGUUUAUAUACCUGAAACAAAGGGAAAAUCACGAGGAAAUGCACUGGCAGAACCAGUCAAGGUAGAUUGCUCACUUGCCUUUUGAUAUCAGUCUAAUAAACUUCCAUAAAGUGUCUCACCAAAACAACCAAUUCUUAAAUAAUUCAGUAUGAUUGAAUGAAAAAGUGGCCUUUAUUUUAAUAGGUUGGUUGGUUGUUUAAUGAUUUGUAAAUAUAUAGUACUGUAGUUUCACUAUUGCCUUACAAAAUGAAUACUCCCUUGAGGCUUACAACAACACUGUUGGCGUUUUGGUCAGCAUUGUUGUCUGAUGUCCUCUUCUUUACAAAUUAAAUACUGCAAUCUCAGACAG